GUCUCGCCGCCAUGCCGUUCCUGGGGCAGGACUGGCGGUCCCCCGGGCAGAGCUGGGUGAAGACGGCUGACGGAUGGACGCGCUUCCUCGACGAGAAGAGCGGCGGCUUCGUCGGCGACAUCAGCAGCUUUUGCAAGAAGGAUGAUCACAACAAAGAGAAUCUCUUCAACAGCCUGAACUAUGAUGUUGCUGCCAAGAAGAGAAAAAAAGACCUGCUGAAUAACAAAGCCAAGAUUCAAUAUUUCCACCAGGAGAAGUGGAUCUAUGUUCACAAGGGGAGCACAAAAGAGCGCCAUGGUUACUGCACCUUGGGGGAAGCCUUCAACCGACUUGACUUCUCCAGUGCUAUCCUGGACUCCAGGAGAUUCAACUAUGUUGUGAGGCUGCUGGAGCUGAUAGCGAAGUCUCAGCUGACGUCACUGAGCGGCAUUGCCCAGAAGAACUACAUGAACAUUUUGGAGAAAGUGGUGCAGAAAGUCCUUGAAGAUCAGCAGAACAUCAGGCUAAUACGGGAAUUGCUGCAGACCCUCUAUACAUCUCUCUGCACGUUAGUUCAACGGGUCGGGAAGUCUGUCCUGGUUGGAAACAUCAACAUGUGGGUGCACAGGAUGGAGAGUAUUCUCCACUGGCAGCAGCAACUGAACAACAUUCAGAUCACCAGGCCUGCCUUUAAAGGAACCACUUUCACAGACCUACCAUUGUGUUUACAAUUGAACAUCAUGCAGCGACUGAGUGAUGGGAGAGACCUGGUUAGCCUUGGUCAGGUGGCUCCUGACCUGCAAGUGCUCAGCGAAGACCGGCUGCUGUGGAAGAAGCUCUGCCAGUACCACUUCACAGACAGACAGAUUCGCAAACGGCUAAUCUUAUCUGACAAAGGGCAGUUGGAUUGGAAAAAGAUGUACUUCAAGCUCAUAAGGUGUUACCCACGGAAGGAGCAGUAUGGUGACACGCUGCAGCUCUGCAGGCACUGCCACAUCCUCUCCUGGAAGGGCACUGAUCACCCCUGCACAGCCAACAACCCGGAGACUUGCUCCACCUCACUUUCGCCGCAAGACUUUAUCAACUUGUUCAGGUUUUGAACUUGGGUCACCGCAGCUUAUGCGAUUCUUACAGGACACUUUAUGCCACUGAGCUUGGACACUCCAUUUGUAAAUAGUGUAAAUAUUCAUGUCUGUUUUGAAGCUCCUGAGUCAAGGAACAAGAGGAUCUCGGAGAUGAAAGGUGAAGUUGCUCACUGACGCACAGCACUUAAGGAAUACAGACUUCCAUAGGACUGGUGUAUAAACGCAGCACGUUGUACAGAGUCCCUUUUUUUAUGAUCAGAGUACAAGAUACAGGGCAAAAAAAAAUUCAUGUUCUUGUUUUUAGAAGUUAAAAAUGAAAUUGCCCCUCAACCAUUUGAGAACUCUUUUGGUUUGUUUCUCAUAGAGAGAAAGCAAUACGAGGCUAGGACUGUUGAACUGUUCCUCCAUCUGGUUUUAUUUAGCAUACAUAUUUAUAAAUAUGAUGUUUUAAAACUAUGAAAAAUAUCCCUGUGACAACUUUAACUUUUGUUUUUAAAGGACACAUUCUGAAAUGCAUGGAACUCUAGCCUACUUGUGAGAGAGAAUGGCAACAUACUACUUUCUACCUCUAAUAGAUUGAGUACCUUUCAGACAAGAAUCCAGUGUACAAUGUGAACUUUUGUAUUUUGUACAAUGAUUUAAAGGGAAAUGUUUGUGAUAGUAAGCAUCUUUUCUUGUAUUAAUGCUUACCUCUUUACAUUAGUUAUCUUGCUCUGUGCUUGAAUGCCUAGAUGAUAGGCACCAUAUAAAUACCUAAGACUUUACUCCAUCCUCUUUUAAUUUGUUGGGUUUAUGAAAGACUAAGCAAAAGGGGAAAGUGAAGCCACAAGGAUGAAGAUUAUCUAAAAGGGAGGAAGUUCUAUUAUAGAGAAACAAAGGACUGGAUUUAAUCUCAUCAUGUAAAGACUUAUCAACUCCACUAGGUUAAUUACACUGGUUGAAAUCCCAAGUGAGGUUAGAAUCUGGUUCUUCAAGCCCAUGUUUUCCAACACUGCUCUGUAUUCCCACUGCUGUCAAGUGAAUUCAGUCAUCUUGGGGCAGGUAAAAUACAGGGAGAACUGGACCAUCCAAUCUAGUGAAAUUAUGCGGUUUUUAGUCACUUGAGGACUGACAGCAUCAUUUAAGACUACUGGAGUUUAGGGUGAUGAGCGAGACAGCAUAGAAUCAUAGAAUAGUUUGGGUUGGAAGGGACCUUCAGAAGUCAUCUGGUCCAACCCCCAUGAAGAAACUGGUCAGCAUUUUCCUAAAAACAGCAGUCAAGACUGGGGUAAUCAAGGGAUUUCCAGCAUGGCACUUGGCAUCUUUGCUACUCACACAGAGAAAUAACCAAAGACCCAGCCUAAUCCCUUCCACUUCCAGUGCUGAGCUGCUUUAUGGGAUCAUCUAACACCAGCCUAGAGCUAAACUUUCAAUCCUAUGGAGUAAGUGGCCAAACUGACUUCACUGUGGCCAUGAUCUGGCUCAACAUCUCCUCUGUUGCACGCAAUGCUUCACUCUUCCCUAGAGUGGAUCUCGAAGCAUCCAGCUCAUAUCUAACAAGGUAUGGAAGGGUUUUGCUGUUUGCCAGUAGAUUUCCUGUAUAGCACUUUCUCUGUGCUGAUGUAAGCAGAAUACCUUGGAAGGGUAAACAUUUAUGUGACUAUGUACAAAGAACUGUGAGGAAGUGGAGUACUCAGGACAAUUCAGGAAGAACUACUUGAGUUAAUUAUUGUUAACUAUUCUGUUCCUUUUUUUACAUUUUUAUAACUGACUUUCCACACUUUUCUGGAGCUGUUUAUAUUAAAAAUUGACAGUAUUUGCAUUUUUGCAAACUAAA